AUGGCUUUCAAUAAACAACAAUACGAAUCUCUGCCCGGGAAAGACGGAGGUACUCCACCAGUGAUGGCGAGUGAAAAACCGAUUGUCAACCAGCCAGCCAAACUUUCCCCCACGGAAGAAUAUGUUCUCAACCUGGAUCCGGCCACAGUAGCAAGUAAGGUUUAAUUCUGGUGGUAUGAUUUUACGUGAUACAAACAUCUCCAAACAAUCACAAAUCGCAAUUAGGGCAUUGGCGUUUCUCGAUCGAAUACCGCACGCCAUGACAUGCCUGGGUUUCACACGUAUUUCUUUCACUAUCUUUACUUACCAUGUGAAUAAUAGUUAGUUAAAAAUGUUUGAGAGACCGCGAUCCUUACAUCAAAAACAAUAAAGGGAUUUUGAUGUCGCUGUUUAUUCUCUUUCAAAAGCUAUUUCCUUGAGCUGUUGAUUGUUUCGCUGUUAUGGGCGUUGUUCAACAGUACUCGGUAUUCGAACCUCUUCUUUCAAAUUCUAAUCUGAAAUUCUCACGAUGUGUUCAACUCAAUUUAUAUUUAAAUUUCAAGAAUGACUUCUAGCAAAAAUUUGUCGCUCGCUGUUGUAGCUGUAUUUCUGAUCGUGUUUCUCUUUGUCCCUGACAGCAUUAGGCGAUUCAAACCCUAAUCAAAGGUCGAUCGAUGAGCGUUACGAAGCCAGUUUUUCACACUUUCAUUCUAAAUUAAUCGACCCAAAAAUCCUUCCCAAAAGUUAGGGCAGUUUUCCCCAUACUGGAAAUAAGAAUUUGCAUUUCAAGUGCCUUCUGGUGUCCGACAGUUUUGCUUCGCGUUGUUUGUUGGAGAUCAAACAGAAGCAUGCUCAAUGUAAGAUUAAGUAUUCUAUUGUUGUGUCCGCGCUAUUUCUGCCAUCGAAAUAGAUUCGCGCUGUGGUUACUGAGUGAAGUGAAAUCGAAAUGAAAGCUUCUUUUUAUGUGACAUCUAGAACAAGGUUCAAUCUAGAAAUUUAUCGCACAGUUCAGGUUUCACGAUCUUAUUGUAGGUAGAGAUCCUAAUACAUGUAGAGGACCCUAUAAGAUCGUAUUUUAGAUUGACUUGAGAACCAGUAUCCAUGUAAAGAUAACGAACAAAAACAGACAAAAAUGAGCAACAGGUUAAAAAUUAUGUUUUCAACAUUACUGUUUAAUUUCGACGAGCUCGCCAAGUACUGAGAGCAGCUUUCUGGGUGAUGCCAAAAUUUCUUCAAGUACAAUAAUAAUUGAGUACCUAGGAACUGUAACUCAUCCCUCUUGAACGAGGAAAAGUACUUUUUACUCAGAUGCGAUCACUUGUGCCACUCGUGACAUUCUUGAAGGGGCACAUCAAGGAAUGAUGAGAUCUGUUGCACCAUUGUGAAAUAUUUUGGAUAAUUAUGUAUUGUAUGUUUCUUCUUUAGAAAUUAAAUUUUCUUUCAUAUAACAUUUUUCAGGAUAAAUUGAUUAGAUGCUGUUCAUGCUUUCUUUCCAACAAUUAUAUUGGAAUUGGCUACAGAAGCCUGCAUUAGGAGAUCUUUAAUGGGAUAAAUACAUAUGAACACUUUAACUGAGUAUCCCUGAAGAGGGAUUUUCAGCAUCAACAUCAAAAUACAGAAAAUAAAUAAAUAAAUCACAGAAAAAUAUCAGAAAUUAGCUAUUUACAAUGAUAUGUCCAAACUUGUCCUAUAUUGCUCAUUAAUUCAGUAAUUAAAUGUUUCUUAAAAGCUCUGGUGCCAUUUACUUGUUCCAAGUUCAUGUCCAGGCUGUUUUAUAUUUUUGCACCACAAUGAUAGAAGGCACACUUACUAAUGGCAAUUCUGCAACUUGGAAUUUUAAGGCUGUUCCUAUGGAUAGCAGACCACAUACAAAAUUUGUUUGAGAAAUAGCUAGGUAACAGACCAUUGAGACAUGUAUGCAUCAUGAUUAAAUCAUGAAACAUCUUGCAAUUACAGCAAUAUUUGACCUUAAAAGAUAUUAUUCAGUUUAAGUACAAGAUAAUUUAUAAAUCCUCUGGUUAUAUUUGAAUAUUUUUUGUGCAUGAAAACAAAAUCAUUUCCACAAGGAAAAUUUUCUAUGUAGAAAUGAUUCUGCUUUUGUACAGAAAACAAAAUUCAUUUCUCAGAUAUGAAACUUUUUACAAGAAAUGUGAAGAUCAUUUACUGCAUGGAGUUAUCUAUCCAGACUUUUUUUAAAUUUUACAGCAGGACCAAAGGCCCAUUCAAUAAUUUUUUAAAUUUUGAUUCAUAACUUAAUCAUGAAUUUGAAACUCCUCUGUUAUCUUCAAAAUUGUUUUCCUAGUUAUCAGUUUUUCCUCAGUUUUUUUUACUAAAUAUUUUGUGCUUUCUCUCCCAUUGCAGGUGUACUUGCAUGUAUUAUAGAAGACAAACUGAAAUGAAAUUGAAAUCAAUAGCUUAUAAUAUGACGAUCAACACUAAUUUGGUGUUGCUUGUCAAUUUUGUCAACAGCUUGGUCUGUAGAGGAUGUGAACAGGAAUUUUCUUGAACGUGCUGGAUUGGGUUAUAUGGCAGAGCAGUUCUCAGUGAACAAGAUCACUGGAAAAUGUCUGAUGCUUUUGACAGAGGUGGGUUUGAAUGAUAUUUGGGACAUGCUAAUCUUGCUUCAUAGGUGGCUUUUGUCUAUGUUUGGUUACUGUCUUUGCUCAGAGUGGUUUUUUGAGGGUGUGUUGAUUUUCUAGCCUGGGCAAAAGCUGGCUUGUUAAAUUCUUUUUGGUGUGAAAAUAUGACUGCAUUUCUCCCACAUGUUCCACUGUGAAGUGAAGUAAAUCUACAUUUUUCAUUUUUAAUUGGCUGUAAAUCUCUCAUAGCUGGACCUUAAAAACUUAUGGAAUUGUAAUUAAUUUUUUACUCUCUCCAGGGUCAUCUGCAUGAGCUUGGCAUCACUGUUCUGGGAGACAGACUUUAUCUGAUGGAUCUGAUUGGUUUAUUGAAGAGGAAAAAGAAGGAAGCCGAACUCAGUGCUUCCAAGUGGUCUGGAGUUACACCAGCUCCUGGAAUUCGGUACAAAGAAGACUGUGGAGAAUGUUGUGUGGCGUAUUGCUGUCCAUGUUGUUUGGCCAAGACUUUCUGGCGUGUCACAGGACAAGGUGUAUUCUACAAGCGCGAACCACCCUGUGGACUGUGGAUGGAAGGUUAGAAAACAAUUUUUUUUUUGUAAAAAUAUAUAUUCAUUUCACAUAUAUGUUUUUUCAGAGUUUUUUUUUGAGAAAAUGCUUUUCUACUGACCCUAAGUAACAAAAGCUCCUCGUGUUGAACUAAUUGGCGGAGUCCCUUGUGUUCUUUCAACUAAUUUCUCCUUACAAGAACACCACUGAAUCAAAUAUAUAGGUAGGGAGAACAAAGGAAAUGAUCACCAACUUAAGAAGUUCUUGAUUGUUAAUUAGACAAAUUCUCCUAGUCAGCACCUUGGGAUAUGUAUAGAGAACAGUAUGGAGAAUAUGCAUUUUGCUGUUAGAGUGUAAAGGGUUAGACUUUUCUUUCCCAAAAUCCAAGAAGCAAUUCUCCUGAUCACUAUUAAUUAUCCCUUGGGUGCUAGACAAUUUUAUCAUCGUUAGUAUCCACCUCCCCACCUUGUGUAAUUGAGCUUUGUGAUUCUCAAUAGAUGAGUGCUUGACAGUCUUACACUUGUAAGAAGAAUUUUGAGACAUCUCUAACUAUUAUUUAAUUAGCAACAAUGUUUAUUUACAUGAUAGCAGAAAGUAGCCAUAUGUGGUCAUUAAAGAUCUAUCAACAUGCAUCGCUCAUACUUUUUUAUUUGGUUUGGGCCAUGAAAAAUUUUAGUGAAAUUGUUGUAUUAUUGAAUGGUUUCAAGUUUACUUAGACAGGGAAUGUGAUUUUCAUGUAAACUGUGCUUUCAGUUCGAACAGAGUACAUGGACUAUCGAUUCUUCAAGGAUCUGGAGUUGAAGGAAACUCGCAAAUGCUUGUGCUGCUGUACUGCGUCCGAGCUGGAGAUGUACGUUGAUGACCAUGACUCCAGUGCUGCGCAGAAAGAGGGUGAGCCUCCCAACCCAGGUGCAUUCCAUCCUCAUGUGCUGCGUCACCCAGAGGCAGCACAAGUGGAACAGAUCAUCAGAAAUGCCUGGAACAAAGCCCGAUUGGUUGCAGAAGGCUAGGGUUUUCUGUCAUGUCAUUUUUUAGUUUUGAGUGGACACUCCAUUUUUUUCAUCUUUCUUUAUUAAGACAAUUAAGACUGGCUGGCCUGUGUCUACAGAAGAAGUUUUGUUUCUAUAUUUUAAAACAUUAUGUUUAUCUUCUUGUUGAUGUUCUCUUGCUAGGACAGAAAAUUGCAAAAAAUAGCUCCUUUGAGCAAUUUUAGCCUCGAAAAUUUGUACACUCAAUAUAUUAGAGAUGUGCAAAGUAAAACCACUUGAAAAUGUUCAUGUUUUACUGCAAAUUCUACAUCCCUAUCUGUGUUCUUUAUUUUUAUCCUAUAAUUUGGAUACAGAGCUAGGGAAUCUCUUUUCUUAAACAUGCAAAAAGACAAGGUAGUGAAAUAUUUUGCAUGAAAUCAGUGGUCUUGUUAGUUUUAGUAGGUGUAGUUGAUACAAAAUAUAAGAUUCAACUGUUGUGAAGAAUUAAACAGGAACCCAAAUCAAGUGAGUAAGGAAAUUAAAAACCGUGGCUUCAACUCUUAAACAUGAUAUAGCUGAUGUUUAGCAACCUUCCCCUAAAUGCAAUUCAUAUCUCUUCUGAGUAAUACACACCUGUUUCCUUGACACUUCUGAUCUUUAUGGUAUUCACUUUGAUUUAUUAUGCACUUGAAUUUUGUUCACAGAUCAUAGGUUGCAUUUAUUUCUUUUAGUGUGUGUAUCUGUUCAUGCAGGUAAAAUUGUUUUGCCUGAUAAAGGAAGUGCAGUAAAAGUUCUGGUGAAUUAAUGGAGGUGACUGAAAAGUGUGGAAAUUAGGAGUUUUUUCUUGGGAUUUGGGAUGUGUGUCUCCCCUAAGGAAUUUUUUUUUCGCCCUUAACUUGAGUGCAAACAAAAUUACA